GGUGAGGAGGAGAGACAGUGACCCGCUGCGAACCCCAGGAGAGCUGGGGGCCAGAGCUGGAACUGGAGCCCUAGCCCCAGCCGGGCACCGGGAGGCGGCCGCGGAGACCCGUCAUCCCUGCAGGAUGAGUCUCCGGCUCUUCUGGAUCCUGCUCGCCGCGGUUUCAGGAGCUCAGGGCUGGGGCUACUACGGCUGUGACGAAGAGCUGGUCGGGCCCCUGUACUACCGCUCCCUAGGUGCCUCCUCCUACUAUGGGCUCUUCACAGCGCCACGCUUUGCCCGGCUGCACGGCAUAAGCGGAUGGUCUCCCCGGAUCGGGGACCCGAAUCCCUGGCUGCAGAUCGACUUAAUGAAGAAGCACCGGAUUCGGGCUGUGGCCACACAGGGCUCCUUUAACUCUUGGGACUGGGUCACUCGUUACAUGCUGCUCUAUGGAGACCGAGUGGACAGCUGGACGCCAUUCUACCAGCAAGGGCACAAUGCGACCUUCUUCGGUAACAUGAACGAAUCGGCGGUGGUGCGCCACGACCUGCACUACCACUUCACCGCGCGCUACAUCCGCAUCGUGCCCUUGGCCUGGAACCCGCGCGGCAAGAUCGGCCUGAGGCUGGGCCUCUACGGCUGCCCCUACAAGUCCGACGUGCUCUAUUUCGACGGCGAUGAUGCCAUCUCGUACCGCUUUCCGCGAGGGGUCAGCCGAAGCCUGUGGGACGUGAUCGCCUUCAGCUUCAAGACCGAAGAGAAGGACGGGCUCCUGGUGCACGCUGAGGGCUUCCAGGGCGACUACGUGACGCUCGAGUUGAAGGGGGCGCACUUGCUGCUGCACAUGAGCCUGGGCAGCAGCCCCAUCCAGCCAAGGCCGGGACACACAUCGGUGAGCGCGGGUGGGGUCCUCAAUGACCAGCACUGGCAUUAUGUGCGUAUGGACCGAUUUGGCCGCCACGCCAAUCUCACCCUGGACGGCUACGUGCAGCGUUUCAUUCUCAACGGCGACUUCGAGAGACUGAACCUGGACACUGAGAUGUUCGUCGGGGGCCUGGUGGGCGCCGCGCGGAAAAACCUCGGCUAUCGGCAUAAUUUCCGUGGCUGCAUGGAGAACAUCAUCUUCAACCGGGUCAACAUCGCGGACCUGGCUGUGCGGCGCCAUUCGCGGAUCACCUUCGAGGGUAAGGUGGCCUUCCGCUGCCUGGACCCGGUUCCUCACCCGGUCAACUUCGGGGGUCCUCACAACUUCCUGCAAGUGCCCGGCUUCCCGCGCCGCGGCCGCCUGGCGGUGUCCUUCCGCUUCCGCACCUGGGACCUCACGGGCCUGCUGCUGUACUCCAAGCUGGGGGACGGGCUGGGCCACGUGGAGCUGAUGCUCAGCGAAGGGCAGGUCAACGUGUCCAUCGCGCAGACGGGCCGAAAGAAGCUGCAGUUCGCCGCUGGGUUCCGCCUGAACGAUGGCUUUUGGCACGAGGUGAACUUCGCGGCACAGGACAACCACGCAGUCAUCAGCAUUGACGACGUGGAGGGAGCAGAGGUCAGGGUCUCGUACCCGCUGCUGAUCCGUACAGGGACUUCGUACUUUUUUGGAGGUUGUCCCAAGCCAGCCAGUCGAUGGGACUGCCACUCCAACCAGACAGCAUUCCAUGGCUGCAUGGAGCUGUUCAAGGUGGACGGUCAGCUGGUCAACCUGACUCUGGUGGAGGGCCGGCGGCUGGGAUACUUCGCCGAGAUCCUCUUCGACACGUGUGGCAUCACUGACAGGUGCAGCCCCAACAUGUGUGAGCAUGACGGGCGCUGCUACCAGUCCUGGGAUGACUUCAUCUGCUACUGUGAGCUGACUGGCUACAAGGGGGUGACCUGCCAUGAACCUUUGUAUAAGGAAUCUUGUGAGGCUUAUCGGCUUAGUGGGAAAACUUCGGGAAACUUCACCAUCGACCCCGAUGGCAGUGGCCCCCUGAAGCCGUUUGUGGUGUACUGUGACAUCCGAGAGAACCGGGCAUGGACAGUUGUGCGGCAUGACAGGCUGUGGACAACUCGGGUGACGGGCUCUAGCAUGGAGCGGCCAUUCCUGGGGGCUGUCCAGUACUGGAAUGCAUCCUGGGAGGAAGUCAGUGCCCUGGCCAACGCUUCCCAGCACUGUGAACAGUGGAUCGAAUUCUCCUGCUACAAUUCCCGGCUGCUCAACACUGCAGGAGGCUACCCGUACAGCUUCUGGAUUGGCCGGAACGAGGAGCAGCACUUCUACUGGGGAGGCUCGCAGCCUGGGAUCCAGCGCUGUGCCUGUGGCUUGGACCGGAGCUGCGUGGACCCCGCGCUGCACUGCAACUGUGACGCUGACCAGCCCCAGUGGAGGACCGACAAGGGACUGCUGACCUUUGUGGACCACCUGCCUGUCACUCAGGUGGUGGUGGGGGACACAAACCGCUCCACUUCCGAGGCCCAGUUCUUCUUGAGGCCUCUGCGCUGCUAUGGCGAUCGCAAUUCCUGGAACACCAUCUCCUUCCACACCGGGACUACCCUGCGCUUCCCUCCCAUCUGCGCCAACCACAGCCUGGACAUCUCCUUCUACUUCCGGACCUCGGCUCCUUCGGGGGUCUUCCUGGAGAACAUGGGGGGCCCGUACUACCAGUGGUGCCGGCCCUACGUGCGGGUGGAACUGAACACAUCCCGGGACGUGGUCUUCGCCUUCAACGUGGGGAACGGAGACGAGAACCUCACGGUGCACUCGGAGGACUUCGAGUUCAACGACGACGAGUGGCACCUGGUGCGGGCCGAGAUCAACGUGAAGCAGGCGCGGCUCCGGGUGGACCACCGGCCCUGGGCGGUGCGGCCGAUGCCCCUGCAGACCUACAUCUGGCUGGAGUACGACCAGCCCCUCUACGUGGGGUCGGCAGAGUUUAAGAGGCGCCCCUUCGUGGGCUGCCUGAGGGCUAUGCGUCUGAAUGGAGUGACCCUGAACCUGGAAGGCCGCGCCAAUGCCUCCGAGGGCACCUCACCCAACUGCACGGGCCGCUGCGCCCACCCCCGCUUCCCCUGUUUCCACGGAGGCCGCUGCGUGGAGCGCUACAGCUACUACACGUGUGACUGUGACCUCACGGCCUUUGAUGGACCAUACUGCAACCACGAUAUCGGCGGCUUCUUUGAGCCCGGCACCUGGAUGCGCUAUAACCUGCAGUCCGCGCUGCGCUCCGCCGCCCGCGAGUUCUCCCACAUGCUGAGCCGGCCGGUGCCGGGCUACGAGCCGGGCUACAUCCCUGGCUAUGACACUCCCGGCUACGUGCCGGGCUACCACGGCCCCGGCUACCGUCUGCCCGACUACCCGCAGCCCGGCCGGCCCGUGCCGGGCUACCGGGGCCCGGUCUACAACGUCACUGGAGAGGAGGUGUCCUUCAGCUUCAGCACACACUCCGCCCCCGCCGUCCUGCUCUACGUCAGCUCCUUCGUGCGCGACUACAUGGCCGUGCUCAUCAAGGAGGAUGGGACUCUGCAGCUGCGAUACCAGCUGGGCACCAGCCCCUACGUGUACCAACUGACCACCCGCCCCGUCACGGACGGCCAGCCCCACAGCGUCAACAUCACCCGGGUCUACCGCAGCCUGUCCGUCCAGGUGGACUACUUCCCGCUGACAGAACAGAAAUUCUCACUGCUGGUGGACAGCCAGCUGGACUCGCCCAAGGCCUUGUAUCUAGGCCGCGUCAUGGAGACGGGCGUGAUCGACCCAGAGAUCCAGCGCUACAACACCCCGGGUUUCUCGGGCUGCCUGUCCGGUGUCCGGUUCAACAACGUGGCUCCCCUCAAGACCCACUUCCGGACCCCGCGACCCAUGACUGCGGAGCUGGCCGAGGCCCUCCGAGUCCAGGGAGACCUGUCUGAGUCGAACUGCGGAGCCAUGCCGCGUCUUUUCGCAGAGGUGCCGCCUGAGCUGGACCCCUGGUACCUGCCCCCAGACUUUCCAUACUAUCACGACGAAGGAUGGGUCGCCAUACUUCUAGGCUUUUUGGUGGCCUUCCUGCUGUUGGGACUGAUAGGAAUGUUGGUGCUCUUCUAUCUGCAAAAUCAUCGCUACAAGGGUUCCUACCACACCAAUGAGCCCAAGGCCACCCACGACUACCCUGGCGGCAAACCUCCCCUACCCACUUCAGGCUCUGCCCAGGCCCCAGCCCCUACACCAGCUUCCACCCAAGUUCCAGUUCCAGCCCCAGUCCCGGCCCCGGCCCCGGCUCCAGCCCCGGCUCCAGCCCCAGCCCCAGCCCCAGCCCCAGGUCCCCGGGACCAAAACCUACCCCAGAUCCUGGAGGAGUCCAGGUCUGAGUGAAUCAGAAGGGCUUCAGGGACCAAGUCCAUCUUCUCGAACCCCCCGGUACCUGUCUCGACCCAACCCUGUCAGGGACAUUUGGCUCCUCUUAGCUGGUUCUCCUCACACAGAAGAUGCCCCUCCCACCAAGUUGGGUGGGCACAGCUACAGCCGGGACCAAAGGGAGUGGCCAAGCCUCACUGCCUAAACCGAUGCCUUGCCCGUUUCGUUUCUCCAGGCUCCUGAUUGUUUUUCUGCCCCAAAGGAGAAGCCUCAUGGGGUAAAGACAGGCCCUUCCCGCCAUCCCUGUCCCAGCUGCUGCCAGGGAUUAACAGAAUGCAGAGGAGAUUAACUGUCUCUCUUCAAACAUUCAAUCUCAGCAGGGACAGAUGUGUGGGACUGUAGGGAUGCACAAGGUAUGGGGGAGGAGGUGGCUAAAUCACGUCCCCCAGUCUGACCCCUGCCCUACGGAAUGUCUUCCAUCUGUGUCCACUCAGCUGGGGGUUAGGGAGGGCUUCAUCUCUGGCCCCCACGCUCCUUUUUUUUUUUUUUUUUACAAAGACUGAGAGGCCUCAGCUUAGCACUUUAGUACCUCCGCUGCUUCACAUGCUUUAGCCAAAGCCAUAAAAACUUGCAACAUAGAAAAAAAUAAUGCAGACACUGACUAGCCAGCCCUUGACUCUCCCUCCCUCUUCUAAGGUAUGCAAUAGGCUGGCUGCCUGUCCAAAGGCUUGCCCCCCCCCCCCCCCAAUGCAUGAGGAGCCCUCUUUCUUCUGCUCAGAGAUGCUGCUUCCUUUGUCCAGGAGGUCAUAUUCUUUAUAUAUAUAUUUUUUGUUGCAAAGUUUGUCUCUAGAGAACCACUAUAUAUCACUCUAAUUUUUAAAUUAUCAGUUUAUAUAUAAAAGAAAAAAACAAUCGUUUUGUCCUGUGCUGGGGCCACCGUCUGCAGUUCACUUCUCCUGUGCUGGAAGCCCCGGGAGGCCGGCCGGGCACUCCGCCGGCCUGACCAGGCCUCCACUCCGAGGCUGUGCUCUCGGACUCGGUGCCGUUCCAAUAAAGCAGAGUG